GAGAGGUGGCAGCUUACCUCGAUGUCAUUUCAUCUGCAUGAACGGAGUCGUGCAUGUACAGUGGUAAAGUAUGAUAAAACAUUUAACCACUGUUUAGGUUUUUAGACAGACGGAUGUUCAAUCAGUGUACAAGGCCUGCAGGGAGAAUACGAAAUACUACACAACUGGCACUUCACUAAUCAGAAUGAAGAUUGUCUCUAUCUUCUACUGUUUUCUAUAUGCAGUUGCCGGAAUCAAGGGAGCAGAGAUCAACGUGGAGGGAUUCGAGGGGGGAGAAGUCUCGUUCCGGUGUUCACACAAACUUGCAUGGAAAAACAAUAAAUACUUCUGCAACGAUCCAUGUAAAAGCAGUAGAGAUAUACUGGUUACUGUACAAUCUGGUGGAAGAGCAGGGGCAGAGAGGAUAACCUUGGUGGACUCUGGGGACGGGGCCUCUACUGUGACCUUCAGUCAACUCCAGCUGUCAGACACGGGGAGAUAUUUGUGUGGAGUGGACAGGCCUGGUUUUGAUACAUACACUUCAGUACAACUUACCGUUAAGGAAGCUGUCCCCCAUCCAGUUGUUACAGAUACAGUUGUUGCAAACGAGACAACGACUGUCAUACCUACACUUGAACCUGAACUGCUCACAUGGACCUAUCAGAAUAUUUCCAACCCAACACAAUUAACAUCUGGAAUAGACACCAGUAGGCCUGCAAACCAUUCAACAGCCUCAAACAGCACUAAUGGAGGAGCACAGAACAUCAGCAGAGGGAUUGUGCUGUAUGCUACAGCUGGGGUUGUUGCCAUACUGACUAUCGUGAUGCUGGCAGUUAUCGUGUGGAAAUGCAGUGUAAAAUCAAAACCUCAACCACAAGUGUGCUCCAACAGCAUCGGUGCAGAUGAAGGAGAGGAUGACUGCGAGUACGAUGACAUUGGCGGGGAGGUUCUGUCGAUAAAAAAAAUAUCUGAGAAGCUCUCUUGUACUCACCACCCAAAGCAGGAUCCACCAACAUCUGCGACCACAGCAGACGAAAGCAAUACACCCCAUCAUAUCUAUGAAAACAUCUGCUGCUCCAAAGGCACUGCACAUUCAAGAUGUUCAGCUGCAAACAACAGAGACAAGCGUGAAGCCAGCUCUAAGAUCUACAUCAACCCUUUGCCCCCUUCAUCUGAAAGAACUGUUCAAGGUUGUCUUAAACCUACAGCAACUACAAGCAGCAGUACAAGCAAGGCAUCAGCUUUUCACUCCAGAUCUCGCAGGGAUUCCACAGAAGUGAGGCCCACAUCACUCUGGUUUGGUUUGGAUUUAUCAGGAACAGUGUGAGUUACUGUCAAAGGUGUGACUGGACAUCAACAGAGAACUGAGCUGCACCUUCUCCAGUCAUAACCAACAAUCAUAUUUCACUUUAAACUACAUUUCUGUCCUUUACAAAUAUGCUGAGGGACGUAGACAGCUCCUGUCUUUGCACUGAUUGGAUUCAUUAUGUGUCUGUGUAGCUACAGAGAGACAAACGAAUACAGUCUCCUAGCUUCACUGAGUUACUUUAUAUACUAUGAAGAUGUGUUUUGCUUCACUUGAUCAUACUUGAUUUGAAGGAAAGGUAGAGGUGAUGACCGUCCAAAGUCAGAUAGAUCACUGUAAUAAAAUCUGAUACUACAGUCCUGUAUUAUACUGCGUUUGUGAGAGGCUUAAAAUGUUAACUAUUUGCUUCAACUGCUGUUGUUGAGAGAGCUGAGUCUAAGGAUUUUAACUGAAACGUCACUGUGUUUUUGCAUGGCCUUUGUGCACAGUAUGCAUAAAAUAAACCUCUAUGACAUAACCUUAACAACAAUUUAUGCUUGUAAGCUUCACAGGAGUGGUACAUAUUACACUGCAAUUACACACACAGCACCUGAUAAUGGCAGAAAGCAGUAAUUACAGAAAUAGUGAAAUUAAGAAAAAGAGGGUUUGAGGUUUAAAGGUUUUUCAGGGGGAAACGUGACGAGAUAAGGACAAAAGUUAAGUCAGCGAGGGUGGGUCCAACAAAUAUCGACUUUCAACCAGGAGAGCAGUGCUUGCAUCCUGUAAGAUCCUAAAGCCAAACCCUGUUCCUUUUACCUAAACCUAACCACUUCCUUUUGUUGCUUAAACCCAACCAUGUGCGUUUGUUGUUGAAGGGAAAAAAAAGUCAAUUCACACUGUUGUACCACGUAGUGAGUUUAUUUUGAAAGAGACUGUAUGUAAAUAGUAAACUUCCUGUGAAAACAGAAGUGUAUUUUGAAAGAAGACAAUGCAUGUAACAGGCAGAACUUGACACGGUGUCCCAGAAUGUCAACAACCAACACAUCCAGGGUGCCUUGCAAGUUGUAUGUGGAUGUGGAAAGUCCAUGCCAAAAUGCCAAUAUGUGACGAGGUCGGAGUGAGACCUGGUUGUGUAAAUCCUUAACUUUAUGCCUUUUAGGCCGAUUUUUAAUCAUUGUCACAGACUUAACAUUAAAAAUACAUUCAGAUACUGAAGGGUGCAGAGAAAAGCAACAUCUUCAAACAAAAUAUCUCCUCAUUUUUCUGCUUUCUUUUUCACUUAAACUAACAAGCCACUUUAACAACAGUUAGUCUUUAAUGACAUUUAAAUACAUGAUUUGGAGGUGUAACCAUGUGAAUUCCACCGGGGGUCAGAGACUGCAGAGGAAGCAGUUACCGCCACUCUGCUAAGCUAGGCUAAUUACAAAUGUAUGUUUUUUCUUUAAGGUUAGAUUUAACUACUGCCUUAUUUGUGAAUUUCGCAAACUCAGUUACAACUGCAGUGACACUGAAGCAUUUUUCAGUUACAGGGGAUGGGUAACUUAGC